UACAGACACCCCCUUGGUCUGCCUUGGUCCCCAGGAUUGGGGAGGGGGGACUCUUGGGCAGGCUGGCUCAGCAGGCCCUGGUGUGCUGGAAGCAGGGUGCCAAAUGCUGAGAAGGAGGGGACGGCUGGUGUGACCCGUGGCCUCACCGUCACCUGGGCAGCUUGCAGAAGAGCCAGUGCUUGAGACUCACCCAGAACUUGGGCUGGGGCUUGAGGUGUGACCCGUUGGAAUUUCUAAAGCACGCUCUCCCCAUCCCUACGAAGGGCCUGCACUAUGGGAACUUCCUGCAAAGCUCAGGACAGGGGACAGGACGCAGACACCCAUGACUCCCUGGAACAUCUAUCAUGAACCAAGAGACCAGGACCAGCCCCUCAUGGAUUCCUUCAGCCACCAGCCAGACAGCAGGAGCCUGUGGAGCUGGCUUGUGAGUUUGCUCAGCAAACAUCAAGAAUGGCUGAGCGCUAAGAUGCAGUUCUUCCUCCCUUCUGUGGAGCCGAACUCCAGUGAUGAGGCCCUAGAUGUGGAGCAGAGGGUCACCCAGCAACUCAACAAGCUGCACGCCCAAGGGCCGGCCACCUGGCAAUCGCUGGUGCACUCCAUGUGCAUGGAGCUGGAGGUACCUCUGGAGCUGGAGGUGCUUCUGCUCAGCACUUCGGGCUGUGAUAAAGAUGAGUUCCCUGAGCAGCUGGGAGCUGAUGAGGAGAGUCAACUUGAACCUCUACUCCACCAUGGCCUCAAGCACCCUCCUCAGAGCUGUGAGUCCUCACCAUGCCCCAAGUACUGCAGGAAACAGCAGCUAGAGUUGGCCCACAAGUACUUGGAGCUCCUAAAGGCAUUUGUCCACCAACACCAUGACAGCAAAUGCUGGGGGCCAGAGGAGACCCUCACCACCCACCAGUACUACAUACCCACCAUCCUGCAGUGGAGCCGGGCCACAGCACCCUUGGACACCCAGGAGAGGACCAUCAAGAGAGACUUCAAGACAGAAGAUGGCGGCGAUGUGGACUUCCAGGAUCUCUUCAACUUCAGGACCCACAAGGGCCCACGAGUGACCGUGCUCUUGGGAAAGGCCGGCCUGGGCAAGACCACACUAGUCCGGAGGCUCCGCCAGAAAUGGGCUGAUGGCCAGCUGGGCCACUUCCAGGCCCUAUUCCUUUUUGAAUUCCGCCAGCUCAACCUGAUCAAAGGCUUCCUGACGCUGCGCCAGCUCCUCUUUGAUCUGUACCUGAGCCCCGAAUCAGGCUCCGACGCUGUCUUCCAGUACCUACAGGAGAAGGCCAACAGAGUCCUGCUGAUCUUUGACGGGCUGGAUGAGGCCCUCCACCCCUGCUCUGACAAGGAGACUCUAAGUCCUGAUGGCGCAGCCUCAGUCCACACCCUCUUCUCCAAUCUCUGCCGUGGAACCCUCCUACCUGGCUGCUGGGUGAUCACUACCUCCCGUCCAGGGAAACUGCCCACUUGCCUGCCCAGAGAGGUAGCUAUGGUCCAUAUGUGGGGCUUCGAUGGGCAGCGGGUGGAGGAGUACAUGAGCCACUUCUUCAGUGGGCAGCCUUCUAAAGAGAUGGUCCUGGAAGAGCUGCGUGCAAAUGGGCGUCUUCGGAGCAUGUGUGCAGUACCCACGCUGUGCCGAAUCACCUGCCUCUGCCUCCAUCAUCUGCUCCCCAGAACCCCCACGGACCAGUCUGCAGCCCUCCUGCCCACAGUGACUCAGCUCUACAUGCAGAUGCUGCUUUCCCUCAGCCCCUGUGAGGAUCUCCCUGCCGGCUCCCUGCUGGGCCUUGGAGAGGUGGCCCUGGGAGGCCUGGACUCUGGAAAGGUUAUCUUCUACUCAGGGGACAUUCCACCAGCCUUGCUGGCUUUUGGAGCUACCCACAGCUUGCUGACCUCUUUCUGCACCUGCACAAGCCCUGGGCACUGGGAGACAGGCUAUGCAUUUGCCCAUCUCAGCCUGCAGGAGUUUUUUGCUGCCCUGUACCUGAUGGCCAGCCCUCUGGUGGACAGAGAUACACUCACUGGCCAUGUCACCCUUAAUUCCCACUGGGUGCUUCGGACCAAAGGUAGAGUGGGCCUCUCCGAUAAACUCCCCACCUUCCUGGCAGGCCUGGCUGCUCACACCUGCGGUCCAUUCCUCAGCCACCUGGCCAAGAGGAAUGAAGCCUGGGUGUGCUGCAGGCAGGCUGCUGUUGUGCAGGUUCUGAGAAAGUUGGCCACCCAGAAGCUCACAGGGCCAAAGUUGGUGGAGCUGUGUCACUGUGUAGCUGAGACCCAGGAGGCUGAACUGGCCACUCUCGCUGCUCAAGGCUUCCCUUACCAUCUGCCCUUCCACAAUUUCCCACUGAACUUUGCAGACCUGACUGCCCUGACUGGCAUCCUGGGACACAGAGCUGACCCUCUGCACCUGGAGUUUGAGGGCUGCCUCCUGGAGCCCCGCUGCCCUGAGGCUCUGAUAGGCUGUGGAGGGAUAGAGUCUCUCAGCUUUAAGAGCAGAAAGUGUGGUGACGCAUUUGCUGAAGCCCUGUCAAGGAGCUUGCCUACCAUGAAGAGCCUACAGAAGCUAAGGUUAGUGGGAAGUAAGGUCACGGCCCGAGGCAUCAGCUACUUGGUGCAGGCUUUGCCCCUGUGUCCACAGCUGGAGGAGGUCAGUUUGCAGGAUAACCAGCUCAAGGACCCGGAGGUGCUGGACAUUGUGAAGGCACUCCCUUGCCUGCCAAGGCUCCGCAAGCUUGACCUGAGCAGAAACAGCUUCUCUGUAUCAACUCUACUCCACUUGGUGAAGGUGGCAGUCACAUGUCCUACUGUCAGGAUACUGCAGGUCAGAGAGUCAGACCUUGUCUUCCUUCUUUCUCCACCCAUGGAGACCACUGCAGAGCUGUGGAGCAGAGUUCCAGACCUACAGGAAAAUGUCAGCCCAAAGACAGAGGCUCAGGGCAGAAUCCUGACACUCAGGCUCCAGAAAUGUCGACUCAAGGUCUGCGAUGUGAAAGUCCUCAUAGACAUGCUCCGGGAAGGUCCUCACCUGGAGGAAGUGGACCUCUCAGAGAACCAUCUGGAGGAUGAAGGCUGUCGACUCCUGGCAGAGGCUGUACCCCAGCUGCACAUCACCAAGAAAUUGGACCUCAGUGACAACGGGCUCUCCAUGGUGGGCGUGGCCUACGUGCUGAGGGCUGUGGACAUGUGCUGGAGCCUGGCAGAGCUGCACAUCAGCCUGCUGCACAAAACUGUAGUCCUUAUGUUUGCCCAGGAGGCAGGGGAGCAGGACGGGUCCUGGGAAAGUGCUGCGCUUCUCCACAGCCUCUCAGCCCUAGACGCCUCGGAGCUGCCCUCAAGCUCCCGCAAUAUCAGGCUGACGCACUGCGGCUUCCAGGCCAAGCACGUCAAAGCACUCUACAAAGCACUGGGGGGAAGCCGGCGCCCCCAUCACCCUGGCCAGCUGUGUCACCUCGACCUGUCUAGCAAUGCCCUGGGAGACCACGGGGUGGCUCGGUUGGCCCAGCUGCUCCCAGGCCUGGGACCCCUGCAAUCCGUGAACCUCAGCAAGAAUGGCUCAUCCCUGGACGCGGUGCUCAGUUUGGCCCAGUGCAUGGCUUCUCUGUCGUGGGUUUUCCACCUGGACAUCAGCUUUGAGAACCAGCAUAUCCUCCUGACAGGUGACAAGAGAGGAAGGGGUGUAUUAGCUGGUGGACCUUUUCCAGAACCCCCGGCUGGAACCCAGAUCUCAGGGUUCGGCCAGCGCUGCAUCCCCAGGAGCUUCAGCCUCAAGGAGUGUCCACUGAAUCCCCUAAGCCUCACUCGUCUCUUCCACUCUCUGGAGACAUGUCCAGGACCACUGGAAAUUAGGUUGUCCUGCGAGGCCCUGAGUGAUGAGAGCCUGGAGAUCUUGCUGCGCUGCUUUCCCCAGCUGCCCCAGCUAAGCCUGCUGCAGCUAAGCCAGACACCACUGUCCCCAAGGAGCCCCUGGCUGCUGGCUGGCGCCCUCCCCCUGUGCCCUCGGGGUCAGAAGCUGGAGAUCAGGUCCCUGAAUCAAGCAACCCUACACUUCAGACUCAGGGAGGAGCCAGAAGGCGUGUACUGUGGGUUCCCAGACUGUGGUCUGGGCCCAGAGCACGUGGAGCAGCUGUGCUGGUCACUGGGCCAGUGUGAAACCCUCAGCCAUCUGGACCUUGAUGCAAACCUGAUGGGCAACGAGGGGCUCAGCUCCCUUCUGGAGCACCUGCAGCAGACACCCCUCUCGGGGUGGCUUGACCUGAGUCACAACGGCAUCUCUCAGGAGGGCGCCCUGAGCCUGGUGGAGACUCUGCCCUCCAACCCUCGUAUCCGGGAGGCCUUGGUGAACCUGGGCCCCGAGCAGCGCUUCCGGCUUCGUUUCUCCAGGCAGGAGGCAUCCGGGGUGACACUGAGGCUGAGCCACUGCCAUUUGAGGCCAGAGCAUGUGCCCAGACUGGCAGCUGGCCUGAGCCACGCCCUCCAGCCCAUGGAGCUCACGCUCACCGAGUGCAGCCUGGACCUGACACAGCUGAUGGUGCUCCUGAGCUGGGUGAAGCCACCAGCAGGGGUGCUGGGGAUCAGGGUAGAGGAACCCUGGGUGGGCAGAGCUGGGGUGCUGGCCCUGCUGGAAGUCUGUGCCCAGGUCUCAGGCCACAUCACGGAGAUAAGCAUCGCUGAGACGCAGCUCUGGCUCCAACUGGAAUUCCCUCGAAAGGAAGAGGAUCCCCAGCAGGCCCUCAGGCUGGCUGGCCAUGGCCCUGGGACCCCCUACAGCUGUCUUGUCAUUCAGCUGAUGGAGACGUGUGGCAGGCUGCAGCAGCUCAGCUUGUCCCAGGUGAACCUCUGCAACGAAGGUAUCAUCAGCUCCCAGCUGCUGCUGAGCCUCCUGCCCGCCCUCUCUGAGCUGAGAACCUUCCGGCUGACCUCCAGCUGUGCCAGCACUGAGAGCCUCACCCACCUGGCAUCCGGCCUGAGCCACUGUGGCCACAUGGAGGAAUUGGACUUCUCCAGCAGUCAGCUCGGUGUGGAGGGCACCAGGAUGCUGGUGGCCGCCCUGGAGGGAAUGCGCGGGCUGAAGAGGCUCCAACUGAAUGAGAACAGCAUCGGCCACGCGGGCUGCUGUCACCUUUCCCAGGCUCUCAGAGCUGCUGGCAGCUUGGAGGAGCUGGGCUUGAGCCAGAACCAGAUUGGAGACGUCGGAGCCCAGCACAUAGCUGCCACCCUGCCAGAGCUGCCUGAGCUCAGGAAGAUAGACCUCUCCAGGAAUGGCAUCAGCCCAGCUGCAGGAGCCCAGCUGGCAGAAUCACUCAUGCUUUGCCAGCACCUGGAGGUGCUCAUGCUUGGCUACAACACUCUGGGGGAUCUCACGGCCCUGCAGCUGGCUCAGGGUCUCCCUCAGUACCUGAGGGUCCUCCACCUGCCAUGCAGCCAUUUGGGCCCAGAGGGGGCACUGAGCUUGGGCCGGGCCCUGGAUGGACACCCACAUGUGGAGGAGAUCAACUUGGCAGAAAACAGCCUGGCCAACGGUGUCCCACAUUUCUGCAAAGGACUCCCACAGCUCAGAAGGAUUUCCUUGCUUUUCUGCAAAAUUGAUGACCAGACUGCCAAGCACCUGGCCACCAGCUUCAUGCUCUGCCCAGCCCUGGAAGAAAUACUGCUGUCCUGGAAUCUCCUUGGGGAUGAGGCAGCUGCUGAGCUGGCCCAGGUCCUGCCUCGGAUGGGCCAGCUGAAGAAAGUAGACUUGGAGAAGAAUCAGAUCACCGCCCGUGGAGCCUGGCUUCUCCUUCAAGGGCUGGCCCAGGAGGCUGGCUUCCCAAUCAUCUGCCUCUGGAACAAUCCCAUCGCUCCUGACAUGGCCCAGCGUCUGCAGAGCCAGGAGCCCAGGCUGAACUUUGCCUUCUUUGACCAGCAACCCUGAGCCUCCUGGAGAACUUGAUGGGGGGGCGGGACAGUCAACACCUUGGACUCCAGCCAAACACCACCAGUGUCACCUACCAGGAUGGAAAGCUCUGGAGACUGGCCUCUGCUGGUGCCCUGUCCCUGCGGCAGCCCUAGGAGGGAGGGACACCAUGUCCAGCUGCUGUCCUGGGGGAGGAGUGCUUUCCUGGGGACUAGGAGCUCAGUGUGGACAAAGGACUUUCCUGUACCAUGUGCCUUGUGCAUGGUGGGAACAUUUGGCCCAAUGAGGGUCUGACACCGUCCAUGACAAGGCAGGCCACACACUGCUCAGUGUGACCUCUCCACAUGUGGCUUCAUGUGGACAUGCGCUCAGUGACUCCUUACACUACAAGCAACAGGACAUGUGACCAGCGGCCCAUGGAUGGCACAUGUCCAGGUCACAGGACACAUGGUUAGUCCAAGAUCUAACUUAUUGCUUAUUUUCUUUAGUUGGUUGGGUUUUUGUUGGUCAUGGGGCUUGAACUCUGGGCCUGGGGACUGUCCCU